UAUUUCCCAUUUUAUUCAAUAAAACACGAAUUCUUUUGAUUCUAACUUCAAACUACUGCUUUUAAAUCGCUUUAAAAAUCUGGCAACUUCAAAGCGCAUCAAAGACAGACGCAAACUUCAUUGCAAUUUCACCUUCAUCACUAACCCCCACCGCUCCACUUUCGGCCAAAAAAAAAAUUAAAAAUUUCCAGUGCAACUGAUCCAUCCAUCGACUCGAUCGAUCGAUAAAGAACCACCGAGCAGUAUUAAGAAAAUCUCGAACCAACCCGAAACAAACUUGAAAAAACCGAAUUGGAACAUGACAAUACAAAUGACCGAGGAUUGCACGAGCACUUGCUUCAGUAAAUUAUCGUACAACAACAGUUAUUUCGAGGACGACGAACUGUACACGUACAUCGAGAUCACCGAAACGCUGUUAAAGGCCAGACCUUAUCGAAUCCGUCGAACGAUCCCCGAUGUCGGCUCCGGUGACAAAAACUUAUUACCGAUGAGAUUGAGCCUGUUCGCCUACGUCCCGCCAUUCAUCAUCUUCCACACGAACGAAACCACGAAACUGCCCGCAGAGAUCACCAAACACCUGAUAUGGUGGCAAGCUAAGAAGAAUCCAACGGGGAUCGUGACCAACACGGCGAAGAAAUCCGGGUUCAAGACGACAAGCAGCUCCGCGGACAACUGGUGCGGCACCUGGUGUAGCACCGCCGCUUACUCCAGAUUAAGACGGACGAAAAUUUACUCGAAGGUGAAUCAUUUCCCGAGCAGCAUCGAGCUGGGUGACAAGAUAGCCCUCUCGAAGAAUUUUCGAAGGAUGAAGAGAAAGUUUGGGAGCAAGAAUUUCGAUUUCAUACCGUUGACAUUCAUCCUGCCCGACGAGAGAUACCUGUUGGGCAAAUUUAUGCAGAAGAACGGAGGAUUUUGGAUCGUUAAGCCGCCCGAUUGUUGCGCGGGAAGCGGGAUCAAGAUAGUGUCCCAUUUGUACGAGAUACCCACGUAUCGGUCGUUCGUCGUGCAACGAUACAUCUCCUCGCCAAGAUUGAUCGACGGUAUAAAAUUCGACUUGAGGCUGUACGUGCUGUUGACCAGCAUCGAUCCUCUAAGGAUAUACGUGUACAAGGAGGGUUUGGUGAGGCUAGCUACGGAAAAAUACGUGAAUCACGUGAACACCUUGUCGAACAAGUUCAUGCACCUCACGAACACAAGCGUGAACAAGUUCAAUCCGAACUUCAGGCCGAACGACGAUCCGAACCAGGGCAAGGGGAACAUGUGGACGCUGAGCUGCCUUUGGAAGUACUUGGCUUCCACCGAUAACGUGGACAUCAUCAAGAUCUGGACCAAGAUUAAGGACAUAGCUAUUAAAACCGUGAUCUCCGCGGAGCCUUCCUUGUACAAAGCGUGGAAGAAGACCUCGAUGAGCACGUACAAUUUCUAUCAGCUUUUCGGUUUCGACGUUCUGUUGGAUAAACAUUAUCGACCGUGGCUACUCGAAGUGAACGAUUUUCCUUCUAUGGAAUCUGACACUCCCCUCUGUAAAUUGAUCAAAGGCCAAUUGGCAAAGGAUUAUCUAAAUUUGGUCGGUUUUCACGUACCUGAUCUGUUGAGCCCCAAGGAACUGAAGGUUUUGAGAGUGAUUUACAAGAAACACGUAAUCUGUUACAACAGGCAUCUGUAUUCGAAUAUGCUGACGUGGGACGAUAGGAAGAAGCAAUACGCUAUCAUGAAAAAAGCUAGUAGGAAAUAUUACUUGAAAUCGAUAUUGAAGAACUUAACACCGGAUGACGUUAGAGUGCUGAUAAAACACGAGGAUGAGAUUACUCAAUCGGGUCGGUUCGAGAGAGUCUUCCCUACGUGCGAUACGUAUCAAUACUUUACUUUCUUUGAAGAAUCAAGAUACUAUAAUUUGUUGUUAGAUGCGUGGGAACACGAAUACGGGCGUAAUCGGUCAAAGGGUAUCGAGAGGCUGAGAAAGCUUUGCAAGAAGAAAUAUCAUUUGUCUUGAAGAUGAGAUUUUAUGAUUGUAAUCUGGUAAGAAAUAUCGAAGAGUAUCUUUGGAAUCAUUUUUUGGGAAAAACGUGUGAAUCGUUCUUAAACCAAAUAUUUGAGAUUAUAAUAUAUCUCGAUAUUAUCGAAAGUUUCGAAAUCCAGAUUCGGUUUAUCGGUAAUAAGAAUGCGAAGAACAACUCGAUUUCGGCUCUGUUCGGCAAAAGUCGAACGUGAUCGUUUCGAGAACGAACGUAUGGAAGAGAAAAUAUGUAAAAAGGGGAUAAUGUUCAUGGGUUAACGAUAAAAUAAUAAUUUAAUUUGUUUAAUAUGUUUUUUUUUCUUUUCUUUUUUUUUUUUAUAUUCAAAUCCUGGAUUUCAUAACUUUCGCAGAAAUCUAGAGUGAUACGAGAUUUCUGACGAUUUCGUUCGAAUUUUUCCGAUCCGUCCCGAAUAUGUUAUGUUGGAUAAUGCUGUACGUUUUUAAUCUUUAGUGUCUUCGGCUUGAAAAUAAGGUUAGAAGUAAAGUUAUUGAUAGGUUCGCAUAAUUUAGGGGUAUAAUUAAUUUUGAUUGUGAAUUAAAAAAAAAUUAGCAAAUGCACACAGAAAUAGAGAUAAAAUGUAUUCAAUUUCUAUUUUAGUUUUCAUAGUUAAUUAACGAUCGCCUUAUAAAGCACCGUUUAUAUAACGAAUCGAUUAUAAAUAUGGAUAUAUCGACAGUUUUUAAUAUCUAUUAUUUUUUAACAAAAUAAAGGAAACAAUGUUGUAUCAAUUUGCAAAACAAUUGUAUCGUGGAAUUUAUAGCAUUUUGAGAAUUUUACAGGUUACCAUAAAAAUAAUAUGUAAAACAUUGAUGUGUAACAAUAUUUUAUACGAUUUAAGAAAUUUGUACAUCACACAUCUUAUAACACACAUGAGAAUAACAUAAUAAAAUCAAAUAUUGAAUAU